AUGCAGACCGUCUUUGUCCUUGCAGCUGCGGUGUUCACCACCUUCACCACCGUCGUAGCCACACCUUCUGGCUGCUCUGCCAGCUAUGAUGGCCCAUUUCAAAUAACAGUUGUGAAGCCCUCAACCAAACGACGUGAUACUACUCAGUCUACUUGUGGUCAAGAUGGCUAUUUGACAUUGACUCUUGCGGAAGGUCAACUUACCGAUGCAAAAGGUCGAGUCGGAUACAUUGCCUCCAACUAUCAAUUCCAAUUCGAUGCGCCACCUCAAAUAAAUGCAGCUUCAGUGGGUGGCUAUUCAUCGUGCUCCAAUGGCUCCCUUGCAUUGGCCGAAUCGUCUGUAUUUUAUCAAUGCUUGAGUGGGGAUUUCUAUAAUCUUUACGAUCGCUCUUGGGCUGAACAGUGUGAACCCAUUAACAUCGACAUUCUCCCGUGUACUUCAGGUGCUUCUACUACCGACCAACCAUCCGCCGAAGUUCCCGUCUCUCAAAUAAAUGAUGGUCAACCACAAGCCACCUCUGCUACCACUCGUGUCCCCGCUCCUGUCUCUCAGAUCUCAGACGGUCAACCACAAGCCCCGACCCAAGCCCCGACACGCGCCCCUGUAUCGCAGAUCAGCGAUGGCCAGCCCCAGGCACCCUCUGCGACACCACACAAUGCUACUACUUCCGCGAUGCCCACAGGAAAGCCUACGGAGAAGCCUUCGGGAAUACCCGUCUCUCAGAUCUCGGAUGGACAACCUCAAGCUCCUCAUGCUACCAUGAAGUCUAGCUCCGCUUCAUUUGUUAGUUAUACUAGUACUGCUUCCCAGUCAACAGCCACUUCACCCCCGAUCAGUGCUGGGGGUAACGCCAACGAUGCAGGUUCUAUCGGGGCAUUUAUCAUUGCCGCUCUAGGUGCAGCUGCCUUUCUAUAG